AUGUCGCUCUCAUCUAUCCUUUCCGCCGAUGCCAUCGACAGUGCUAUCAAGGACUGCCAAGCGCCGGACUCCUUCUGCCCCAAGAAGUUUUUCCAGCUGUGUGGCCUCGCCAAGAAGAGUCCCCAGGAUGUGAAGAAGGUUUUUGGGAUCCUGGACAAUGAUGCCAGCGGCUUUAUUGAGGAGGAAGAGCUCAAGUUCUUCCUCCAGAGGUUUUCUCCUGGGGCUCGUGUCCUGACAGACACAGAGACCAAGGCCUUCCUGUGUGCUGCUGAUGACGAUAGUGAUGGCCGGAUUGGAGCAGAAGAGUUCCAAGCCAUGGUCUUGUCCUAA